AACGCGGGUCUUUUUACCUCGCGCGCUCCUACCCCGCAGCAUGCCUCUUCCUCUCCGCGCGCGCUGCACCUGAACCUCACCUGUUGUCACUGCUGCACAACUUUUCUCUAACUCCAGGUGCAUCUCGGAGUUUUUUUUUUUUUUUUUUACUUUUCUUUUCUGUUCCACAGCAGCAUGCACCAUCACGAGUUGGCGGCGAGCGCGAACCCCGGUCUGGUUCCGGUUCCGGUGAUCCUGCAGACGGAGUCGCGCGACAAAUGGGGCAAAAAAGUCGACUUCCUGCUGUCGGUGAUCGGCUUUGCUGUGGAUCUGGGGAACGUGUGGCGAUUUCCUUACAUCUGCUACCAAAACGGCGGAGGAGCCUUCCUCAUCCCCUACACCCUCAUGGCUAUAUUUGGGGGUGUACCACUCUUCUACAUGGAGCUGGCUCUGGGUCAGUUCCACCGCACAGGUGCCAUCUCCAUAUGGAAACACAUUUGCCCAAUAUUCAAAGGCAUCGGUUUCGCCAUCUGCAUCAUCGCGCUGUACGUCUCGUUCUACUACAACACCAUCAUUGCGUGGGCGCUGUUCUACUUCUACUCAUCGUUCAGCAGCACUCUGCCAUGGACGAACUGCGACAAUGCAUGGAACACGGAAAACUGCACCAACUACUUUGGCAAGGACAAUGUGACGUGGACUAACUACUCACGUUCACCAGCCGAGGAGUUUUACACGAGGAACGUGUUGGAGCUGCACGAGUCAGAGGGUUUGGAGAACGUGGGUGUGAUCCGCUGGCAGCUGAUGCUGUGUCUGUUCCUGAUCUUCACCAUCGUCUACUUCAGCCUAUGGAAAGGAGUCAAAACAUCGGGCAAGGUGGUUUGGGUCACAGCCACUCUUCCCUACGUGGUGUUACUGAUUUUGUUAAUUCGAGGUGCAACGUUACCUGGAGCGUGGAGGGGCGUUGUCUUCUACCUGCAGCCCAAAUGGGAGAAACUUAAGGAUACAACUGUUUGGGUGGACGCAGCAGCUCAGAUCUUCUUCUCCCUCGGCCCGGGGUUUGGCGUUCUGCUUGCUCUAUCCAGCUACAACCCGUUCAACAACAACUGCUACAGAGACGCCAUUGUGACGAGUUUGGUAAACUGCCUGACCAGCUUCAUGUCUGGUUUUGUGAUUUUUACCGUUCUGGGCUACAUGGCUGAGCAGAGACAUGUUAACGUGGAAGAUGUAGCCAGAAACAAGGGCCCAAGUCUUCUGUUCAUCACUUACCCAGAAGCCAUUGCCAACAUGAUGGGCUCCACGUUUUUCGCCAUCAUCUUCUUUGCGAUGAUGAUCACACUGGGAUUGGACAGCACGUUUGGAGGGCUGGAAGCCAUCAUCACUGCCAUCAUGGAUGAGUACCCAGACUUUCUGUCCCACAGGAGAGAGGUAUUCGUGCUGGGCCUCGUGGCUGUGUGCUUUUUGGGCUCUCUGAGCACUCUUACUAAAGGUGGUGCGUAUGUCGUUAAACUACUGGAAGAGUUUGGAGUCGGAUCCUCCAUAAUAGCCAUCGUGUUUUUGGAAGCCACUGCAGUCUCCUGGUUUUAUGGCAUCAACAGAUUCAGCAACGACGUCAAAGCCAUGUUGGGAUACACACCCGGAAUCUUCUGGAGGUUUUGUUGGGUAGCCAUCAGCCCGACUUUUCUAGCGUACAUCAUCAUCAGCUCUCUGCUGAAUCCGGCCCCGCUGAUGAUGUUCGAUUACAAGUUCCCCGACUGGAGCAUCACGGUGGGUUACAUCAUUGGAUUCUCGUCUUUCAUCUGGAUCCCCGUCUACAUGGUGUAUAAGCUGGUGUGGACGCCCGGCUCGCUCAAACAGCGUCUGGCUGUUUGCCUGCGGCCCGAACGAACUCUGCCUGACAUCCACACAGACACGCUGGGUUUGACUCCGGUACCUUAAAACGGCCCGAAACACACACCAGACACCAAACAGAGUCAAAACACACACACUCACUGGGACAAACACACAUACACUGACACACUCACACACACACAUGAUUAAAGAAGCAAUAAGUAGCAUCUUUUGGUCCACUUUCCAGGUGCAAUACUCGCCAUGCUGCUCACACUCAGACACGACAAUUACGACAUUACAGUAUCGUUCAAUUUAAAAUUCUGUUUUUUCCUCUAGAUUAUAAUACAUUACACCACUAUUCAGCAGAUUUCUUGAUUACAGUUAGAUAUGCGAUGAUAUUAACUGCCUAAUUCAUCAGGGUAUGUAAUUAUCACAAUAUUGUUUUUUUUUAGAAAUAGAAAGGCAGCAAACUAAAUUUUCAGAUUGGCCUCUUUGAAAAGAAAAAAAGGAUAUUUCUGAUGCUACUUUCAAAUCUGUCCAAAUUUAAAGGUUGCGGGAUAAACAGCAAUGCUUUUGAAUUCUGGAUUCUGAUUGGUCAGAAGGAGAAGGUGUUGAUUCAUUUUCUAUCAAUAUAAUUUCUAUAGUAACAGUACGGCGGACACUUCACAUAAUCUAAGACUGGUAAUAAACUGAUUUUUAAAACCCCUAAUGAAAAACACAAAAUGUGUAAUUGUGGGUAUGGUGAUUUUUUUUUUUUUUUUAAGGAGAUUUAACAUUUAUGGAAGGAGUCUCCAGUGUCAGAGCUGGAACUUUAUGUUUUCCAACAUCUUCAGGACAGAGCAGUUUACGCUUUGUAGUUUCUUGGUAACAUGAUGUACCAAGCUAACUUCUUUCUCUUAUUAACCUCAAGAGAGAGAGAGAGAGAAAAAAGAAAAGAGGCUGGCGAGGGAACGACUGUUUAUAGCUGCUAUAACAUAAGUAUUUGUAUUUUAGUUUCAGUUUUAUUAGUCACAGUAGAAUUUCUCUUCUAUUUCUCAUUACAGCCAGAAAAAUACACUUUUUUGACUGAAUGCUUAUCAGAGCAACGUUCGUUAAGGCUGUUUUUUUUUUUUUUACAUGAAAUGAAAAAAUGCUACUUAUUGCUCCUUCAGCUUUAUAAUUUAAGAAGCCAAAUCAGCUCACAACUAAAAUUGGUGCAAUAUUUUCAAAUGCAGAAAGUGAACGAAUAGAACCUGUAAAAUAUGAUCUAUAAGAAAAUGACGCCGGUUCAUUGAUUACUGGUUGAUGUUUCGUACUCUUUGUUGAAUAUUUACUCAUUUUUAUCCAUUGUCGAGGUAGGAAGUGACAUCACAAAUGGAAAAACAAUCAUGCAAAUGAUGUGAUGUUUACCUCACGGUGAAAAGAGAAAUCACAGUCACUUUUCCAGAUGUGCGUUGUGGAGAGUUCCUGGUAUGUGCUGCCUUAACGCUGCCUGAACAUCUGUAUCGCUAUUCAACGUCAAAACUUUGUAUCAUAUUGUAUCGGUUGUGUGCCUCCAGGAAACUUUAAAAAAAAAAAGACUUGAUGAAGACUGUUUCAAAUCCAUAUGAUUUCUCUGCAUUACAAUAAUGUUUUUAACACAGCCUCGUUGACUUCCCAUCAACACUUACUGUAUAUGUUCAUUACAUUCAUUCAUCUUCACUAGCCCCUUUAUCCUGAGCUCCUUAAUCUCAAAAAAAAGGUUUGUGGGCGUGUACCAGCUGCCACUGUUGUCGCUUGUGGGUGUGGCAUGUCCAGCAAAGCAAGCUAACUGUACUAGCUACGUACACUAACCAGAGGCACCAAUGAUCUCUGCUACUUCCUUCCAAUCUUUGUGUUUCUUCAUAAUGUCUCUAUACAGAUUUAAUGAGAGGUGAUAUAUGGCAGGAUAAGAGGACGUUUUCCUUCCAUUUUUGUGUCGGACAUCGGACCACAAGCGCCAUAGGAUUGGUCCGUGGGAAUCAUUCGAGCCAAUCGUAUGGAUUUGUCACUUUAGCGUGUCGUAACUAAUAUGCAGAAACAACUAAGUUCAUUAGAAAACACUACAAUAUUUACACACACUAUUUUUUCGCUAACUAGCUGUUUGCUGGUGUAACAUGAUGGUUAUUUUUUCAAAAGGCGUGGCCAGAAAUUAAUAUACACAAUUGAUAUACAGUGUAGCUACAAUAGCGAGAUAAUAUUUCAUGGCCACAAACGAAGUAUUUCAUGAAUUAUUAUAUUGUGGAGAAUUGAUUCUUAAUACUCAAUAGUUAAUUAUUUGGCGGGAAAUGGGCGAAAAGGUCUAUCAAGUUGAGAAUUCUCUUAUUUCAUUCAUCUAGGUCCCACAAACAAUACGCUUGCUGUGUCGCAUGCUACGUAACAAUGUCUGUGACAGGAACAUUUCAUAUUCAUCACCCAAUAUGACAGCGUAGAGACAGUAUGCGAGCUUGAAAUCUCACAAAUCUUGGCUCACAGACGUCCCCGCCGCAUUAAAUACACUGAGCUCUUAAUGGCAUAUCCAUAUCACUAUGGCAGUGACUCUGCUGUGUCUUUAUGCAUCAUUCCAAGAUUAAAGUGUAAUAUUAUCAGUCAUCUCUGUACUUAGGUUUCUGUGGCCACAGUGGUUUAAUGUCUCACUCAUUUUAAAAUAGAACAGUUGCAAUGAGUUAUGCCACCAGAUAGAUCUCGAGAAAGUCGUAGCCUCAGUAUAUUAAUUGUUGGCUACUCAUGGAGUAGUCAGCUACAUACAACCCAAACCUGAAACGUUUUAAUUUUAAUAAUUUAUACUACACUUACAAGUAGUUACAGCUUGACCUGUUGUUUCGUUCCUGUUAUGAAGAUCAGACACAAUAAAUGCCUUCUGUGUAAAUUUUGCUUCACAAUCUGUGAUCCUCCAAAAGCUCAUCUAACAACCUGGUGUCAGGAUUCAACCCUGAGAAAUUACUGUGAAGUCAACGAGGAUGUGUUAAAAUUUGGAAUGCAGCAUUUAUCCUAUAGCCAAGUUUUACAACGUGUAAUUCUCUUUGGGUUUUUUUUUCAGAAAAAAAAAGACCAAAUUUGAUUUCUGAUUGCUGUGAGUGUUACAUUGGGGUGAGAAGCGCGUUCUUCGUGUUCAUGUGUACGGUAUUGUAAAUUGUGACAGAGAGUCUUGCUUGUGUAAAUGUCUGAAGUAACAAUAAAGGUCUACGAUGAAACUAA